CUGCUCAGGUCUGUGAGCACCAGGAGAGGCACCACAAGGUCACCGACAGUCUCCGGCCAACGUUUAUCUCGAGCGCUCCGACGGCGCAUUGUGAGCAUUUAUUGCACUGCAACAACAAACACCACAUUUCUGGCGGACCGCAAACCGGCGAAGGAAUAAAAUGUCUCAAACUCCAGAGGAUAGAAGUGCUGCGUUUCACCACGAUCCAGACGAAAAACCAGACAAUCUCGAGGUUUUGGCUGUGAGAAUUACUGCGUUUGGUGGUUUUGAUAAAAUUAAGGUCGAGAAAAUUGAGCUUCCUUUGGAAAUACCGGCAGGGCACGUCGAAGUCAAAGUUCACGCGUGCGGAGUCAACUUCGCCGACCUUUACAUGAGACAGGGUUUGAUGCGCAACCUGCAACCCCCUUUGACCUUAGGCAUGGAGUGUUCGGGUGAGGUGAGCGCCCUCGGUCCGGGCGCGAACACCCUGAAGGUCGGGGACAGGGUCAUCUGCUACCAGUUGUCCGGAGGACUUUACCAGGAGUCGGUGUUGGUGCCGCAGGAGGCGUGUUUUCUGCUGCCACCUCAGGUUCCAUUUGAAGUCGGAGCUGCCCUUUUUGUCAAUUACCUGACGGCGUACUUCAGCGUCCUCGACAUUGGAAAUCUGCAAGCUGGACAAACUGUUUUGAUCCACUCGUGCGCUGGUGGAGUUGGAUGGGCAGCUACUCAAUUAGCGCACACUGUCCCCGAAGUCAAAGUUUACGGCACCACUUCACGGGAAGAAAAGCACGCGGCCGUCAAAGAAAACGGGGUGAAUAAAGUCCUCGACUCGCAGAACUAUGAAGAGCAGUUGAAGCAAGUGGAGCCCAAAGGGGUCCAUUUGAUUGUGGAUAGCAUCGGAGGAGCAAACUUUCUCAAGUCGCAGCGGCUUCUCAAACCUCUGGGAAGGGCCGUUCUAACAGGUGCGAGCAGUAUGUUGAAUAACGACCGAAAAUUGAGUUUCUGGGACAUGCUGUGCGUGUGGUGGCGCACCAAGAGCAUCUCUCCGACGGAAAUGAUCAACGAGAGCAAAGUGGUGGCCGGACUUCACCUGGCGAAUUUGCUCAGGGAUGAUCCUGUCAGGGUUCGACAAGCUCUCCAGACGCUUUUUUCCAUGUACGAGCAAAAACUGAUCAGCCCCAAAAUCGAUUCUGUCUGGCCAUUUGAAAAGGUUGUGGAGGCAAACAAAUUGUUGCAGGAGCGGAAAAACAUAGGAAAGGUCAUCCUCAAACCUUUAAUUAAGUAAUUAUAUUAUUAUCUCAAUGUACAGUGAAAUAAAAUUUUGUUUUAAUAUUAAUUA